AUGUCGUUCAAGAGGAAACUCCCAUUGCCUAUCCUCAAGAAACUUGAUCGCCAACCUUUACCACCACCGCCGCCACCGCUGCCUCCACUCCCUGACCCACCACCUACCCCUCUCACACCUCUCCCUACAGUCACUCUCAAACCUACCUCUCAUCACUCCCAUCUCCUCCGCUUCCUCCAAAUCCACCUGGCAACCAAGCCACUAACCCCUUCCCACCUCCUUCAGUUCCUCAAAUCGAAGCUCCACCAUCACCCUCAGUUCUCCCACUAUGAUUUUCUUAUCUUCAAUUGGGCCUCCACCAUUGACUCUUUUCGCCAUGAUCACUCCACUUUUGAAUGGAUGGCACGCACUCUUGCCAUCACCAACCGCUUCUCGGACCUCGCCACUCUUCUCUCUUUCAUGGCAUCCAAUCCCUGCCCUUGUUCUGAAGGUAUAUUUUCUUGUCCUAGGAUUGAACCCAUAUUUCAGUUUGCUAUUAGUGGUUACUGUAAAGCUAGGAAAUUGGAUGAUGCCUUACUUGCUUUUGAGUCCAUGAGGAAAUUGAUUGAUGGGAGGCCUAGUAUAGCUGUUUAUAAUAUUUUGCUUCAUGGUUGUGUCAAAUGUGGGCAGCAUGACAAGGUUACAGAGAUAUAUAAUAGGAUGUUGAAGGAUAGAGUUAAUCCUGAUGUGUUUACUUUUAAUAUCUUGAUUAGUAGCUAUUGCAAGAAUAAGAAGUUUGAGAUGGCUUUGGAGUUGUUCAGGGAGAUGAGGGAGAAGGGGUGUAGUCCUAAUGUGGUUAGCUUUAAUACAUUGAUUAUGGGAUUCUUUAGGGAGAGGAAGUUUAAUGAAGGGAUUAAGAUGGCAUAUGAGAUGAUUGAUUUGGGGUGCGAGUUUUCAAGUGUGACUUGUGAGAUUUUGGUUGAUGGGCUCUGUAGGGAAGAUAAAAUCAUGGAGGCUUGUGAACUGUUGAUUGAUUUUUCAAGAAGAAGAGCUUUGCCAAGUAGUUUUGAUUUCUAUAUACUUGUGGAGAAGCUAUGUGGGAAAAGUAACACUGGAGCAGCUUUGGAGUUGUUGAAUCAGUUGUGGAGGAAUGGUAAUGUUCCAAGCGUGAUUUCUUGUACCACUUUAAUAGAAGGAUUGAGGAAAUUGAGGAAAAUAGAAGAAGCAUUCAGAUUGAUGGAAAGAAUGUUGAAAGAGAGUAUUAUUCCAGAUAUUUUGACCUUUAACUAUCUCGUUCAAGACCUUUGCAAUGUAGGAAGAACAGUUGAUGCUGAUAAAUUGAGAUUAUUGGCUUCUAGCAAGGGUUUGGAACCAGAUGAUAUGACAUUGUACACUUUGGUAUAUGGGUACACUAGAGAGGGAAAAAGGGAGGAAGGGGAAGUCUUGGUGGAUGAGAUGCUGGAUAGAGAAUUCAUACCUGAUCUUGCUACAUAUAAUAGGCUAAUGGAUGGGCUUUCUAAAUCUAGGAGUCCUGCAAAAAACCAUUUUGACUGAGUAGAAAGGUGAAUGCAUAGACAUCUUCAGUACUUGCAUUUUAAAACUAGCUGGAGUUUUCUCAAUUGUGGCAGAAAUUUCCUCUUCCAGGUAGUAGGUUAAGAUUUUUGAAGAAACUGACAAAAUGCAUGCAGGCUGUAGUAAAUUGAGAAGGGAAGAAAGAAGUUAAAUAAUUGUAUGAUGCUGAAACUGUCAAGAUUGAUGGAUGCAUAUAGGUUGAUGAGCCUUGGGUUCGUGCCUAUAAUGAGAUGCAAGCAAAACUGUUUAUAAAGCUUUUCCAUGAUGGAUUGACAAUGAGGAAGAGAUUUUGAAGGAGAACAGGACUUGCACUUAAAUGGCUACUCAGUCUUAGCAGUCUUGUAAAUGGUAGAGCAUUAGUUAGAAAACCAUGAGAGGCAUUUGAAAGAAGUCGACUAAAGAGAGAUUUAUGGUGAAACUCCAAUUUAGUUACUUUCUUUCCUUCCUUUGAGACUCAAUGAAGGUUUGUUAGAUGCUCA